AUGGAUUUCUCAAUAGGAAUGGAAUGGAGUGAAGGCGAAGAAAAGAUGCACCAUCUCCUGCGUGUACCACCGCAAGACAACCCCACAUCGACGCAUCUCACAGCCCAAGCAUCAGCUAUGUUCCAGCGCGCUCCUCUCCUCGCAUUUGGCACCUUGGACGCCCAAUCCAGACCGUGGGUCACACUCUGGGGCGGAUCCCCUGGCUUCACCGAUACAAUCGGCGGAGGCGCCGUAGGUACAUCUACGCUUGUAGACGGCAAGCACGAUCCCGUCGUGCAAGCGCUGGUAGCAGGCAGCAAGGGCUUCGAAAAACCGCGAGAAAGAGAAGACGCAAAGCUUGUCGCUGGUCUAGCCAUCGAUCUCAUGACGCGGAAGAGAGUCAAGACGGCCGGCCGCCUUGUCGGCUGCAUGGUACGCGAGAUCGCACCUAAAGCUGAGAGCGAAGAUUCUCCGACAGAGCCACGACAUAUGAUCCAAGUUGUCACGAUGAUCGAGCAGAGUCUAGGCAACUGUCCUAAAUACAUCAAUCAAUACGAGAUCCAUCCUUCACUUGUCACGUCGAAAGUAGUUGCGGAAGGCCCCUCCUUGUCCGACGAGGGCCUCACCCUAAUAUCAGCAUCCGACAUGUUCUUCCUCAGCACCAGCACCCCAGACGACAUGGACGUCAACCACCGCGGCGGGCCCCCCGGCUUCGUCCGCAUCCUUUCCCCCACCGAAAUCGUGUACCCAGAGUAUUCGGGCAACCGCCUCUACCAAUCCCUCGGCAACCUGCAACUAAACCCGAAAAUCGGUCUCGCGUUUCCAAACUACAGCACGGGAGAUAUCCUCUACAUAACCGGCAGUGCGCAGGUCCUCACGGGCAAAGACGCAGCGGACAUGCUUCCUGGAAGCAAUCUCGCCGUCAAGAUUACCAUCGAGGACUCCCGGUUUGUAAAGGGUGGAUUACCCUUCCGCGGCACGCAGAAAGCUCAAAGUCCAUAUAACCCGCGCGUCCGACCCUUGGCUUCAGAGGGGAAUUUGAAAUCCGCCCUCUCCUCAUCCCGCAGCAGCCAAACUGCACAUUUGACAAAGAAAACACUGCUCACGCCUAGUAUCGCGCGCUUCACUUUCUCCGUCUCAAACAUGGACUUUGCGUAUACGCCUGCACAGUGGAUAGCGCUGGAUUUCAAACAAGAGCUAGAUACGGGGUAUGAACAUAUGCGCGAUGACGAUCCGACGAGUUUGAAUGAUGAUUUUGUAAGGACGUUUACGAUUUCUUCUACGCCUCCGUCGUCUGGUGCAGCUGGCGAAUUUGAUGUUACGAUCCGGAAAGUCGGACCGGUGACAAAGUUUCUUUUUCAGACUAACGAGCGGGCGGGGCUGGAAGUCCCGAUUUUAGGGGUGGGAGGGGGAGACUUUGUUGUGAAGCAAGAGGAGCAGCAGGGUGAGAAGGUAGUACCGUUUGUAGCUGCGGGAGUGGGCAUUACGCCUUUAUUGGGACAGGUGUCGCAGUUGGAGUUUUUACCUGAGAGGUUUCGGUUGUUUUGGGCUGUGAGGGGGGAGGAUGUCGAGUUUGUGAGGGAUACGUUUGCGAGGUACCCGGGGCUUGCGGCUUGUACGAAGGUGUUUUUAACAGGAAAGGGGGAGGGGGACGAGGUGGUGUUUGGGGAUGCGGUUGUUGAGAGGAGGAGGAUUGGGAAGAGUGAUUUGGAGGGUGUGGAGGCGGAGGUGUGGUAUUUGUGUGUUGGGAAGGGGAUGAGGAAAGAGGUGUUGGAGUGGUUGGAGGGGAAGAAGGUGGUGUUUGAAGACUUUGAUUAUUAA